AUGCAGAGUUGGAAUUUGCCAUCCAGCCCAACACAACAGGCAAGCAGCUCUUUGAUCAGGGUGUUAGAACAGCACAAACUGACAAAAGAACAGUGGGAAGAAAGAAUACAGAACUGGCAUGAAGAACACAGGGGAAUGUUAAGGGAAGAUUCUAUGAUGGAAUACCUUAAGAUAGCACAAGACUUGGAAAUGUAUGGAGUCAACUAUUUUGAAAUAAAGAAUAAAAAAGGAACCGAAUUGUGGCUAGGAGUCGAUGCUUUGGGUCUGAACAUUUAUGAGCAUGAUGAUAAGCUGACACCCAAGAUUGGUUUUCCUUGGAGUGAAAUAAGAAACAUCUCUUUUAACGACAAAAAAUUUGUCAUAAAGCCAAUUGACAAAAAGGCCCCUGAUUUUGUUUUUUAUGCACCCCGUCUGAGAAUUAACAAGCGAAUUUUGGCACUGUGUAUGGGAAAUCAUGAAUUGUACAUGAGGAGGAGGAAACCUGAUACAAUUGAAGUGCAACAGAUGAAGGCCCAAGCUAGAGAGGAGAAACAUCAGAAACAAUUGGAAAGGGCACAGUUAGAAAAUGAGAAGAAGAAAAGGGAGAUAGCAGAAAAGGAAAAGGAAAGAAUAGAGCGUGAAAAGGAAGAAUUAAUGGAACGCUUAAGACAAAUAGAGGAACAAACAAUGAAAGCUCAGAAAGAGCUAGAAGAACAGACUAGAAAAGCUCUAGAACUGGAUCAAGAACGAAAGCGUGCUAAAGAAGAAGCAGAGCGCCUGGAAAAAGAGCAAGCUAAAGCUGCUCUAGCCAAGCAGGCAGCUGAUCAAAUGAAGAACCAGGAGCAGCUGGCAGCAGAACUUGCUGAAUUCACGGCCAAGAUUGCACUUCUAGAGGAGGCCAAGAAAAAGAAAGAGGAGGAAGCCUCGGAAUGGCAGCACAAAGCUUUUGCAGCCCAAGAGGACUUGGAAAAGACCAAAGAAGAACUGAAAUCUGUGAUGUCUGCUCCUCCUCCACCUCCUCCCCCACCAGUAAUUCCUCCAACUGAGAAUGAACACGACGAACAUGAUGAGAACAACGCCGAAGCCAGUGCAGAACUGUCUUCUGAUGGUGUCAUGAAUCACAGGAGUGAGGAGGAACGGGUAACAGAAACACAGAAAAAUGAACGUGUUAAGAAGCAGCUCCAGGCUUUAAGUUCUGAGUUGGCUCAAGCCAGAGAUGAAACCAAGAAAACACAAAAUGAUGUACUUCAUGCUGAGAAUGUUAAAGCAGGCCGUGAUAAGUACAAGACUCUUCGACAAAUCCGACAAGGCAAUACAAAGCAGCGUAUUGAUGAGUUUGAAGCAAUGUGAGAGCUGUUACUUUGCGUACGUGUUCCUCGUAAAGCUGAACCACCAACAGAGAAAAAAGCAGGCCUUUGCAAAUUUGAUGGAUUGCACCCCACUUUGCCAAAGCACUUAAUACCAGUUUGACUACAGUGGCUAGAAGACAAAUUUAGGGGAAAGUAUUCAACAGUAAGGCAGUCUGUUAUCCCUAGGGUUUUUGGGGGGAGGGGGGAGGGUGUGGAGCAUGAUAGCAGUUUUUUUCCCCCAUCAUGUUUUCAUUUUCACUGUUCCUUUUUUGAUAUCCCCCCAAAAAAAGGAAACUGAUGUAAAGUAUAUAAUGACUGACAAGUGUAUAUAUUGCUGAAACAUUAAGAAAUAGAAAGAAGGGUGGAACUGAACCUAAACUGGAUAGGUACUAUUUCAGUAUGAAGUUUGAAAUUACAUUUUUUCAAUGUAGCUA